AUGGAGCAAUUUGACCAUAAUGGGAAGCUCCAAGCUCUCCAGAGUCGCAUUGCAGCCGUCGCUUAUGAGACAGAAUUUUUCCUGGAUUCCUUAGUGAUUGGAGAUGCUCUUCAGACUCUUGUUGUGAUACUUGAUGCCAUCAAAGAAGAGAUUAAGCUCAUUAAGGCUGAGGUUGCGGCCUCAUAUAUAUUUCAUAACCAGAAGCAAAUCACAGGAGUUGGUAAAACUUCUGUUAAGAUGCCAUCAAAAGGUGAUGUCCCUGUUCUUAAUCAGGUUUUUGUGGGCUUGGAAGAUGAGAUCCAAACUAUAAUUGAUAAACUCACAAGAGGAACGAGCAAUAAAUUGGACGUUAUUUCCAUUGUGGGCAUGGCCAGACUAGGCAAAACAAAUAUGGCCAUGAAAGUUUAUGGUCAUUCCUUUAAAAUGCACAUUUGGUCCCCCGAUUUCGGAAGUAGCAAGCUCGAGUCAUCAUGA